AUGGCUGCACCAACUGAGAUCACCUGCACCAACCUCUCCGGCAAGUUCGUGAUGAACAAAUCGCUUUCGGACGAUACCGACCCUAUGCUUGCACUCCAAGGACUGAGCUGGCUUACGAGAACCGCAAUCCGCCUGGCAACGGUCGUGCUCACGAUUAAAGAGUACAAGCAAGACGACGUCUAUCACAUCGACAUCACCUCAGUCGCCUCCGGCCUGACCACGACGCAAGAGAACCGCACACUCGAUUGGGAAGAGCGAGAGCACGCUGACCGAAUAUUCGGCAACUGUCGAGGAAAGUCACGGCUAUGGAAGGCAGGCGAGUUCAAGAUGGAGGGUCCUGGGUCAGAAGAGGAUGCGGCGUUCUUGCAGGCUCACAAGCUCAAGGACGGCCAGACAGACUCGAAGUUCUUGGACGACGAACAUGUCCAGAGCUUGGUGAAGAAUGUCGACGACGCUGGAGGGUGGCAGGCUGAAAUGGUCUGGGGCUUUGAGGAAGUCAACGGCGAGAGGCGAUAUACCCGACGCGUUGUGGUCUGGAAGAAUGCCGAGUUCCAGAGAGUCCGACUUGUGUAUGACUACAAGGGACCGCCUGAGAAGCAGGACAAUGACGAAGCGCAUCUUGCAUAUGGGGAGGAAUGA